UUUCUGCAUGCAGUCAGACUGAGACCAACAGAUUCUUACCUGUCAGAUCUCUUGGCCUUUUUCGCUUAUCCUCACGAUGUCUUCGCCAAAAUCUCCCGACAAGUCACCUCAGUCUCCGCCUGACGCUGUGGAGGCUUCUGAAACCCCCGCGCGAGAUGGAUUCAUUCAGCCUGAUAAUGAUUCUGACUCUGCGUAUUCUUUGGCAACGGAUGUCAGUGAUACUGAGUCCUUGCGUUCGUCUAUUUUGAACUACAAGUGGGUUCAUGGUAGACGCUUCCAUGCAUAUGGCGAUGGAACCUAUUGGGGAGCGAAUGACGAUCGCCAGCAAGAGGCUGAAGAUUUGAUUCAUGAGUUGUUUCGGGCAGUCCUCGACGGCAAGUUGUAUGAAGCUCCGAUCGGCAAGAAUCCGCAGAAUGUACUUGAUGUCGGCUGCGGCACAGGUAUCUGGGCCAUCGAUAUGGCAGACCUGCACCCAUCAGCUGAAGUCAUCGGUGUUGAUCUCUCGCCGAUCCAACCAAACUUCAUCCCGCCAAACUGCAGAUUCGAAGUUGACGAUAUUAACAAAGAAUGGACAUUUCCCGAAAAUAAGUUUGACUUUAUCCACAUUCGCUACAUGACAGGAACCGUGCCAGAUUGGACAGAACUCCUCAAGAAGGCCCAAAGGCAUCUCAAGCCCGGUGGCUGGAUCGAGCAUGUUGAACUCUGGGGAGACGCCAGAGCUGACGACGAUACCAUGAGCCCCGAAUCUCCGCUCAAAACUUGGGUUAAGAUCUUUAAUCAGGUAGCAGAAAAGGUCGGCAACCCUUUCUUUUGGAAUCCCGCCGAAGAAUUCGAGAAGGCUGGCUUGAAGAAUAUCACCGAGAAGAAGGUCAAAGUACCGAUUGGUACUUGGGCGAAAGACAAGGAUCUCAAGCAGUGGGGUGCAUGGAACCGACAGUUCCUGCUACAAGGAUUGGAAGGCUUUUCUAUCCGCAGCUUGACGGAGCUUCUAGGAUGGGAGUACGAGAAAGCGCAGGUCUUCCUCGUGGAGAUGCGUAAAGAGCUGUUGAACCCAAAGCUUCACUCAUACGUGUUGGUAACCACUGUAUACGGUCAAAAGUCCGAGGAAUAAAUCAGGGGGCCUCGAGAGGUUGACGACAUUGUCUGUUGCGAGGUAUCAUCAAGUUUAUCAAGACUAUGUAUAGUUGCUCUUUUGGUGCAUCAGCAUUGCCUGCGACUGCAAAAAUGAUUCCGCUUGCGACGAUUCCAGGAUUUCUCAACAAUUUAGCUUGAUUAAUCAAGAUCUCAGCCUGCCCACUCUGC